AUGUGGUGGGUUUCGAGCAUACUCGUCUUGCCUUUGCUGGCCUUGACGGUAGGCUCCGACUCGCAGGCCACGACUCUCACUGUGCGACAAGCUCAACAGAAUGCGCUGGCAUCGUGUGCGCAAACAUGUCUGGGACAGCUUCCCAACAACUGCCAGGCAGACCAAGUGUGCUUCUGCACGUCUUCGGUGCGGACAUCGUACGAAUCCUGCCUCUCGUCCACGUGUUCAUCGACGCAGGAUCAACUAGAUGGUCAACAAUACCAAGCUACCACGUGCGACCGACCCGUUCGCGAUAAAACAAGCACAUUAUACGCCGUCACCUGGGUCUUCUUCGCCGUCGCCGUCGUGUUUGUCGCGCUGAGAUUGCUAUCGCGAUGGAGAGGUCUCAAUGGCAGUGGAUACAGCUGGGACGAUUGGGUGGUGCUCUUGGCGCUGGUUCUGGUCAUUCUGCUCGAUGCCAGCAUCAGUCGGGCUACCAGCUCCGGUCUGGCCACCGACUUGUACACCAACUCGGUCGGAGACAUUGAGAAUGUGCUGAAAUGGAUCUACGUGGGGGAGAUAUUCUACAUCACCACGGUCAUGGCCACCAAAGUUGCCGUCAUCCUCCUCUAUCUCCGCAUCUGGACGGCCGAGUCGAUCACCAAGGCGUUCCGGUUGGCUUGCUGGAUUGGCAUUGGAGUAGUGGUGCUCACUGCACUCGCCUUCGACUUCGCCUUCAUAUUCCAAUGCUCUCCCGUCAGUCAUUACUGGAACUACAUUGGUGGCCAAACGGGCUCAUGCAUUGACUCCUAUUCCUUGCUCUACGCGUUUGGCGCGCUGAACAUCCUCUACGAUUUCAUCGUCUUCUUGCUGCCCAUCUACAGCUUGCUCCAGCUCAACAUUGCAACGCAGAAGAAACUCGGUGUGUACGCACUGUUCUUCGUGGGACUGGUGGUCACGAUUGCAGCCAUCGUCCGGGUUUCGUACGUGGCACACGCAGACGGGCGGAUGAACGUGACCUGGACCUAUCAUUACAUCGGAUUGUGGUCGACCAUUGAAGGCAAUCUGUCCAUCAUCUGCAUCUGUGCACCAGCAGUCACGGGCUUCAUGCAGCGCUUG